AUGCACUAUGCCUUCACCAUAGAUGCCAAACGUUACAACAAAAUAGGCCUCGGGGCGAGCGGAUCCGCUGCAAAACUGCAGCCAAGCCCGGGUCCGGGAGGGAGGGCGCGAAAGGCCAGGAACCGGGCGUCCCCGGCCCAAGCUAGGUGCCCAAGGGGCGCAGCGCCCGGGGCCUCCCCGCCGGAUGGGGGCUGCUCCGGCCUAGCGCACGCAGCUGCCUCGGCGAAGGGUUACGCCGGCCCCCGGAGCCCGGGCCGGCCCGGCGGGCGGCGGAGAGGAAGGGCUGCUGGGGGCGCCGCCGCUGCGGUGGCGAGUGCGUGGGGGAAGGGGCCCUUACUCACCCGGGCCGGCCGCCUCCGCCUCCGCCGCCCCGGCCGCCUCCUCGGCGGUCCAUCCCUGCGGCGGGGGCCUGCAGCCGCGGCGCUCGAGUCACAACCGCCGGCUGGGCCGGCCCCUCCCCCCUGCCCAACGUCUGUCCUCAGGGCCGCUCCUCAGACCCGGCCUCGGUUGCUGCCGUCGCCGCCGCAGCGCUACGUGGCCGUCGCUCCGACGUCUCGCGACUCCCUUCCGAGCGCGCGAGGGCGAGCGGGGCCGGCGGGGCGGGCAGCGCUGGGCGGGCGGCAGGGGAGGGGGUGUGCGUGUGUGGAUGUGUGUGCCGGAGGGGGCAGGGAGGGAGGCGAGCGACAGCGAGGACGCGCCCGCGCGCGCGCGCGCCCGCGGUCCCUUCCCUCGCCAGCCCCCCCGCCCAACAGGGAUCCCGACACCUCCCUCCGCCCGCCCCCUCGGCAUCCCGGCCGCUGGGAGCGGCGGCGCGCAUGCGCAGCCCUCGGGCCGGCCCGGGCGCACCUUUUCGGCCUCCUGCCACAGUAUGAGCGCUCCGCCGCCCAGAUAACCGCCAGCUCCCCGCGCCACCCCCGCCCUCUCCCACUCCGCCCACUCCCGGGCGCCCAGAAGCCUGGGACUUGCCCCUGUGAUCUGCUGCUUUGGAGGGUCUUGGGCCUCAGGGCUGGCAAGGUCCCUUUUGGAGAUUCCAGUUCCUCUGCCUGCCCUCCUUUACCUCUUCCCCCUCACACAUCAGUCCCAGGGAGAGGGCUGCCAACCAGUGUUACCACUUGACAGAUCACAAGAGGGCUAGUUCCAUUGCCUCCCUUGUUCAGCUGCUGACACUGCAGCUUGGCAGUCAUUACAGACAACGUUUAGCUCCCACAUCUGACCUGAUUGGAAGAUCAGGCCUCUGUCAUCCCGGUUUCCUGUCCUUGGAUAGUUCUUUACUAACUUUUAUUCAUUAAGGCAGUGGGCAGAAAGCAGCAGA